UUGCUUCAAUUCCAUUCAGGCUGUCUUGUGAAAUUUCAGUUGCUUUUUAAUUUGAAAUACUUGAAGCCUGAACAUUUUCUGGGGCACUUUUUGAAACAAAAUAGAGUGAGAAGUGGGGAAUGUGGAGAAAUCACAGUUAAAUUGAAUUGUCUUGUUUGUUUUAAACAGUUGAAUAUGACAAGGAGUUCACACCUUACCAGCGACACCACAAGGAAUUCAAGUUUAAUUUGUCUCGGAUUCCAGAAGGAGAAGCUGUUACCGCUGCCGAGUUCCGAAUCUACAAGGAUUGUGUUUUCGGAGGCUUUAAAAACCAAACCUUUCUGAUUAGCAUCUAUCAAGUAUUGAAAGAACAUCAGAACAGAGAUUCGGAUCUGUUUUUGCUGGACACCAGAGCAGUAUGGGCCUCCGAAGAAGGCUGGCUGGAGUUUGACAUCACUGCCACCAGCAACAUGUGGGUGAUAAACCCUCAGCAUAACUUGGGACUCCAGAUGAGCGUGGUGACCAGGGACGGUCUCGGUAUAAACCCUAGAGAAGCAGGACUAAUAGGUCGGGAUGGCCCUUAUGACAAACAGCCUUUCAUGGUGGCUUUUUUCAAAGUGAGUGAGGUUCACAUUCGGACGGCUAGGUCAGCCUCCAACAGGCGGAGGGAACAGAGUCGAAACCGCUCUACCCAGCCUCAAGAUGUUUCCAGGGUAUCCAGUAUCACAGAUUACAACAGCAGUGACCUAAAAACAGCUUGCAGAAAGCAUGAACUUUAUGUUAGCUUCCAAGACUUGGGAUGGCAGGACUGGAUAAUUGCACCCAAGGGCUAUCCUGCAAACUACUGCGAUGGAGAAUGUUCUUUCCCACUCAAUGCUCAUAUGAAUGCCACCAAUCAUGCCAUUGUGCAGACUUUGGUUCACCUUAUGAAUCCAGAGAACGUUCCUAAGCCAUGUUGUGCCCCUACGAAGCUGAACGCAAUAUCAGUUCUCUACUUCGAUGACAAUUCCAACGUCAUUUUGAAAAAAUACAGGAACAUGGUGGUAAGAGCUUGUGGAUGUCACUGACAAAAAGUUCUCUUCAGAAAGAUCUGGUGCGCCAUUCUAAAUAACUUCCAUCCAGUGCCUCAAAGGGAAAAACCUGAAGCUCCUAAGACUGUAUUUGUGCCUUAAGGAGGAUUUUUUGGUUGUUGUUUGUUUUUAAGCAGAAGCAGGGGACUCCAAUGCUACUUGCCCUUUUAAAGUAUUUGCACAAUGGUAGCCUUUGGUUCUUCUAAUUUCUAAGUACACCAAAGAGGAUUAUAAAGUAUGGACCAUGGCUGAAGCAGCAAAGGUACAGACAAAAACCUGCGCGCUAUUUCAGUCUUCAAUUCUGUUUCUCUAAGCAGGCACCUGCCAAAUCCUGGUGGCGAUGCCCACAAGGAAAAAACAGAGGCUGUAGCUAAGAAAUGAAAUGCACUAUUCAUGGCAAAAAUCUCCAUUCUUACAUGUAGCCAAACCAAGCUCUCCUUGCUUAACUUUAAAGGCCUGCAAACUGUAGGUGAGAACGUUGAUUGGCAAGGUAAGUGCCUUGUAUGAACUGCAGCACUUAGGUUUCUGCAACACACACUGUGUUAAAAGCAAGUUUUGUUCCUUGCCCUUCAACAGGGACAUAACUGGCAAUGUGCCCCUAUAGCUAUCACAAAAGGAAGUGUUCUAGAGGUUAAAUUGUCCCAUCAGGCUAACAGGAAGAAUCUUGUACAUUUGUUCUAAAGGCAAUUUCUAUGCUUACAUUCCACAGUUCUCCCUCUUGCUAGUUUUGAUCCUUCCCCUCCUUUUUGAAAGCCUGACUAAAGAGGAAAAAGAAGUGUGUGGGGAGGGGGGGGGUAGAGGUUGUAGGGCAGACCAUGCAGGAGAACUGGCAGGUGGCAAGUUACUCAGUCUCACUGACCCAAUUAAAAGCACUCUUCAGAUUCUGAUCUGGUUGGUCAGGAAUAAACUUGCACCUCUCACUUCUGAAAAACAUGCAUUUAAAAUGUAUAUACAAUACUUACAUUCUAAUGUAAGAGAAAGGUUUCCCCAAGGCAAGGAAAAGUGCACUUCCCUUUGACUACUUUGCUCUUGUAAAUAAAUGAAAAUGAUAAUUUAUUGCAACUGUCAGAUAUAGUAAUUUUGAUGUACUAUUAGCAAGACCAAGAUUUUCUUUUUUUGUAAAAAAAAAAAUUUAUUCAGAAACUGUGUGUGUAAACAAUUGUACCACUUGAUUUUUACAGGAGUCAUGACUUGCAGUUCAGCCUGUUCAUGAGAUUGUGCUUCAUUAGGUUUUUAAAAGUCACCAUGUUGAAUAAAGGCUCCCUUUAAGGCAGAAA